AAUUCAAUUUAUUUGUAAAGUUUUCAGUUUGUUUGAAACUGUUAAUUUUCUACUCGUGUAAGAGAAAAAUUUAAAUUACCUAUUACAAUGUUUUUAUUUAAUUUACGAAAUAAUACUUUUUAUAGAAAACAAUAGUGAUCGAAAGACACAAAUAAAGUGAACACUGCGUUAAAUAUUAACUUUGGGUAUUUAAUUCGUCAUUUCCACAUUUCUUAUUUGAUUACAACUGGUCUUAUUCAAACUAUAUUAGCUAAACCAGAAAUUUUUGAACAUCUGUGUAAAUUAUUGAUGCCCAUUAAUUCUUCUCUUUCCGCGUCUAGGGAAGGUAGAUAAAGUUUUGUUGUAGAAAUCAGUUCAGGGUACAAUAGGACUGAUAUACCUUAAGAAGGUAAAAGCCCUUUAAAAUAUAAAAAAAAAAAAAAAACUUAGCCAAAUGUUUUUUACAGCUGCAUUCGUCUAGCAAAGUGUUAGCGAGCAAAUAAAUUUACCGUCAAACUUCUGAUUUAACUCAUUUGUCAUCGAAUCUACGUGCAAUUGUGUUAUGAAAAAUGAAUAUUAUUGUAAAUAAUGUUAACUUUUCUCUAAUUAUUUCAUUAACUGCACUGAGAUUAGUAGGAUUUUGGGCACCGGAUGAUUUCAAGGGAAAUUAUGAGUUAAUUUAUAAAUAUUACGGUUUUUUAUCUUUUACGUUUUAUGUGGGUAACUUCCUAACUCAGGCAGUUGAUCUUUUCGUGAUAUGGGGAAAUAUUCCUUUAAUGACGGCCACGUUGUUCCUUCUCGGCACCAACUUGGCGCAUGCCACGAAAUUUAUAAACUUGUAUCUCAAAAGGAAAUUGAUAAAGAUGAUAGUCGAUAGUUCUGACGAUGUUCUGCGGAGUGUUAAAAAUGAAGAAGCUGUAGCGAUUGUUAAAAGCUGCAAUCGUCAGACCAAGAUCCAGUUGUUGACGUAUUUAACCCUGACGUAUGUUACCAUUGUUGGAUUAAUGUCGAGCGCUGAACAUGGCAGUCUACCAUUACGGGCUUGGUAUCCAUAUGACACGACAAAAUCACCAGCGUACGAGCUCACUUUCGGGCUCCAAGUGUACAUUGUGUGUGUGACUGCUUUCCUGAACGUGUCCAAAGAUACGAUGGUGACCACCAUGAUUGCCCAGUGCCACUGCCGUUUGAAGCUAAUCGGACUAUCUCUGAAGUCUUUGUGUCAAGAUUUGCAUGAUGAUAAGUCGAUGUCGCUGUCACCAAAUCAAGAAAAAAUAGCGCGUGCUCGCCUCCGAGACUGCGCUAUACAGCAUCAGACCGUGUUAGAAGCAGCCGUACUAUUGCAGAACUGUUUCUCAGCGCCCACCUUCGCACAGUUCAACGUGUCCCUUUUGAUAAUAUGCGUCACAGCCUUCCAACUAGUGUCCCAAACCGGUAAUAUGGUGCGUUUACUGUCAAUGGGAACGUACUUGACAAAUAUGACGUUUCAAGUAUUCAUCUACUGUUAUCAAGGCAACCAAUUGUCCACAGAAAGUUCUGAAAUAUCAACAGCCGCAUACCUGUGUCCUUGGUACCUGAUGUCCCCACGACUCAGGCGCGACUUACUGAUCGUGAUGACCCGUUCGCGGCGCAUAGCAAAGAUCACCGCUGGCGGAUUCACGACGCUCUCGCUCAGCUCGUUUAUGGCUAUCAUAAAGGCAUCGUAUUCUUUGUUCACAUUGCUAAAACAAGUAGACGAGAAGAAUUUAAACCAUGGUCUUUAAACAUUCAUAAAUUCUUGUUUGUUUCAUUUUCCAUUAUUUGUUAUAAAAACGAGUUAAGUUCGAGUAGAAGUCUAAUAUUUUUAUUUAUAUAAAUAUAUAAAUAAAAGAUAAUUCAUUGCAUUUUUCGUAUUUUUUUUUUACAACGCAGGGGGCAAACGAUCAUGCGGCUCACCUGAUGGUAAGUGACUACCGCCGCCCAUGAUCACCCACAACACCAGCGGCAUUGCAGGUGUGCUGCCGGCCUUUUAAAAAGGAUUAUACUCUUUUCUUGAAGGUUAUGUUGUCGCAUCGGUUCGGGAAUACUGCUGCUGGCAGUUGAUUCCAAAAUGAAAUAUUCCAGUAUGAAAUAGAUAUUUAAUAGUUUUUAUUAUUGAUACUACGAUUCCUUAUUUAUUAUUUUAAAGCAUAAUUAUGGUUUAAAAGUGAACCGUGGACUAAGUUUGUUUUUAGAAAUAUUUAGAUAAAUUCUCAAAGACAGUGGAUGGGAUGAAAUGGAGUACAAAGUACAAAGAAUGUUAUCCCGGUUAAUUUAGAAUAUUCUAGACACGCGGAUAGAGUUGUAAGGAAAAACUGCAUUUAAAUAAAUAAAAUUGUCACAAUAUUGUACACCGCUCUACCCGCUUACAUUGAUGCUCCUUUCCACUUUGGGUGUUGCUGGAAGAGAACUCUAUUAGAGUUAAGCUCGCCUUUGUACAUUUCAUUACCUCUGUCAUAUUCUUAUAACUGGUGUGUACAAUAAGGAAUUAAAUAAAUAAAUAAAUUAAAUUAAAUUAAAUUUAAGUAAAUUGUGAUUAAAUGU